AUGAUGCGAGCCGUGCGAAACGCCUGGACUAUUGCCGCCCAUCGGGGUUUCACUACGUCUCUACCCUCCAUUCCUUGUUACCGAAUUCCCCGACGGUCUAGUCCGAGAGCCAUAGUUGUGUCGCAUCGAACAAUUAUGUCGCCGCCGCAGUGGACAUGCACCCCGAAAGUGUUCCCUACCUCGGGACUCGAAUUGCUUGACCAAUCCAUCGAGCUUGAGGAAGAGACACUGUCGGAUUAUCAACCGGAGAAUUAUUAUCCCGUCAACCAGGGCGAAGUAUUCAAUGGUCGGUAUCAAACAAUUGCCAAAAUAGGAUACGGAGUAACCUCUACAGUUUGGCUUGCUGUAGGUGUGGCCUGCGAGCGAGAGCUGCACAUCUACGAGCACAUGAACCUGGUGGAAACAAACCAUCCUGGCAGAAACUUCGUUCGCAAACUUAUCGACCAUUUCUAUAUACAGGGUCCUCAUGGCCGUCAUAUCUGUUUUGUUCACGAGCCUCUCGGAACGAGUACAGAUAUUCUAGUGAAGAUGUUCUCCGGGCACAAAAUGAGCCUUGAUGAGAUGAAGCCCGGUAUCCGACAGCUACUUAUCGCAUUAGACUUCUUGCACUCGGAGUGCCAUAUCAUCAAUACUGAUAUUCAGCUGAAGAACUUACUACUUCCUGGACCGGAGACAAGCGUUCUUACCCGAUUCGAGGAAGCUGAAGUUGCAGAUCCAUCACCUAGAAAAAUGCUCAAAAACCGAACAAUCUACAAGAGCUUAGGUUUCCUUCCAAAAGGUGGGCUGCCGAUCCUCGCUGAUUUUGGGGAAGGAUUGGGCGACGAAGGACAUAGUGAUGAUAUCAUGCCAAACGCUUAUAGAGCUCCUGAAGUGAUGUUGAGAUCGAACUGGGGUUAUUAG